AUGGUCCUUGUGGCCGCGCAGGUCUGCCUUCUGUGCAGACUCGUGCCCAGCCGGUUCUGGCCACAGAUUGACCGAAUGACCAGUGAGAACCUGUUUACGGGGCAGUCAAAGAUCUAUACCUACAUGAGCCCCAACAAAUGCUCCGGAGUUCGGACCCCGCUUCAGGAAGAGAACUCAGUUGCACAUCACGAAGUCAAAUGCCAGGAGAAGCCAUUAACCGGAAUCUUCCGGAAACGAGAAGAGAAGAGAAAUGCUGGGAAUGCCGUCCGGAGCCCCGUGAAGGCCGAGGGACAGAUCCGAGAUGCCAGGAGAGGCCCCCUCACCCCUUUUCCAAACCAAAAAUCUGAAGCAGCAGAACCUCCAAAAACCCCAACCUCCUCCAGUGAUGCUGCCAAUGCAGCUGCCACCAAGCCCACCCCGAAGAAGCCCGUCAAGGGCAAGCAGACCCCACGGAAAAAAGCUCAAGGGAAAACGCAACAGAAUCGCAAACUCACUGACUUCUACCCCGUCCGAAGGAGCUCCAGGAAGAGCAAAGCUGAGCUGCAGUCUGAAGAGCGGAAAAGAAUCGAUGAGCUGAUUGAAAGCGGGAAGGAGGAAGGAAUGAAGAUUGACCUCAUCGAUGGCAAAGGCCGGGGCGUGAUCGCCACGAAGCAGUUCUCGCGGGGCGAGUUCGUGGUGGAGUACCACGGGGACCUCAUAGAGAUCACCGACGCCAGGAAGCGGGAGGCACUGUACGCACAAGACCCCUCCACGGGCUGCUACAUGUACUACUUCCAGUAUCUGAGCAAAACCUACUGCGUGGACGCCACACGGGAGACGAACCGCCUGGGGAGGCUCAUCAACCACAGCAAGUGUGGGAACUGCCAGACCAAACUGCACGACAUCGACGGCGUGCCUCACCUCAUCCUCAUCGCUUCCCGCGACAUCGCGGCCGGGGAGGAGCUGCUGUACGACUAUGGGGACCGGAGCAAGGCCUCCAUCGAGGCCUACCCCUGGCUGAAGCAUUAG